AUGCCAAUAGAAACUUCUAUUGUAAAGAAUGCAAAUAAUGUUAAAAUUGUACGAAUAACUAAAACUGAAGGUCCACUUGAGUCUGGAAAUACACCAAGAGAACAGGCAAUAGAGAAUGUCGAUGAUAUCGUACCAGCUCUUCGAUCCUCUACAGUGAAAGUUCAACAUGUAAGAAAAUUAUCAAAUAACAAUAAAGAUAUCAAUUCAGAAGCUGUGCUUCCACAAGAGCUACGUGUUUCAUCAACAUCAUCAACUAAAAGUCAUCAAGUUACGGUCACGAAAAUACCUCGUACUAACACUGCUGGAACUCAAUCAACGCCAAUCAUUGAUGCUAAACUUCAUGAUCACGAGAAAAAUCAACAAAAUGUUAGGCUUUCUUCUAACACUAAAAGUGCUAAUGUUCCAGCCAUAUGUAUCAUUAAUGCCCAACCAGAAAACAAUCAUCUUAAUUCAUCUGUCAAUCAACGAGCACGAUCAUCGUCCAUUAGUACUGUUAAUGUUCAGAAAUUGAAAAGAGCAGCCACUAAGUUACAAUCAACAGUAAAUCAUUCUAAGCCUAAUAUGUCUUCAACAACUAACAAAAUCAAAACAUUCAAUAAAGUGGGUGUGGUAAAGCUUCCAAGAAAACGUUCUCAAUCUUCAUAG